AUGCAGCCCGCAGGCCGGGCGGCCGUCAGGGAGGCGGCAGGCCGUGACGUGCUGGCCGCCGACCUGCGCUGCAGCUUCUUCGCCUCGGCCCUGCGGAGCUACAAGCGCGACUCCGUCCUGCGGCCCUUCCCCGCGUCCUAUGCCCGCCACGACUGCAAGGACUUCGAGGCCCUGCUUGCAGAUGCCAGCAAGUUACCUAACCUGAAAGAACUUCUCCAGUCUUCAGGAGAAAAAGACCCAUGGGCUUGGGACCUGAUGAGCUGGAUUUUAUCCUCAAAGGUCCUGACAAUCCACAGUGCAGGGAAGUCGGAGUUUGAAAAGAUCCAAAAGCUGACUGGUACCCCUCACACACCUGUCCCCGUGCCGGACUUCCUGUUUGAAGUCGAGUAUUCCGACCCAGCCAACGCCAAAUUUUAUGAGACCAAAGGAGAGCGCGACCUCAUCUACGCCUUCCACGGGAGCCGCCUAGAAAACUUCCAUUCCAUCAUCCACAAUGGCCUGCACUGCCACCUGAACAAGACAUCCUUGUUUGGGGAAGGGACCUACCUCACCAGUGACCUGAGCCUGGCCCUCAUUUAUAGCCCCCAUGGCCACGGGUGGCAGCACAGUCUCCUUGGCCCCAUCCUUAGCUGCGUGGCCGUGUGCGAGGUCAUUGACCAUCCAGACGUCAAGUGCCAAACGAAGAAGAAGGAUUCCAAGGAGAUAGAUCGCAGGAGAGCGAGAAUCAAGCACAGUGAAGGGGGUGACGUCCCUCCAAAGUACUUUGUGGUCACCAAUAACCAGCUCUUGCGCGUGAAGUACCUGCUGGUGUAUUCGCAGAAGCAGCCCAACAGGGCUUCCAGCCAGCUCUCCUGGGUCUCCAGCCAUUGGUUUACGGUCAUGAUCACCCUGUAUCUGCUGCUGCUGCUCACAAAUCCUGACCUGACAGGGGGCUCAUCAGUCACACAGCCCUACCCCACAGAGCAACCAGCCCGCUCAAAGCCUACCUGA